AUGGAGACGUCCGCCUCAGCCUCUGCCGUGGAGAAGAAAGGCGGAAAAGGUGGAAGCCUGGAGAACAGCAGCAUUCCCGACCUGAGUAGGAAGGCCUCUUCUCUAGCUGCAGCCGCCACUGCCCAAGGAGUGCCACAGCACCUCCUGCCUGCGUACCAUGCUCCCUUACCGAUGGACAUUCGACAUCAGGAGGGACGGUAUCACUAUGAGCCGCAGUCUGUCCACAGCGUGCACGGGCCUCCUACCCUGAGUGGCAGCCCUGUCAUCUCUGACAUCUCCUUGAUCCGGCUUUCCCCUCACCCCGCCGGCCCUGGGGAGUCCCCCUUCAGUGCCCCCCACCCGUACGUGAACCCCCACAUGGAGCACUACCUCCGUUCUGUGCACAGCAGUCCCACACUCUCCAUGAUCUCUGCAGCCCGGGGUCUUAGCCCCGCAGAUGUGACACACGAGCACAUUAAGGAAAGGGCACUGUUUGGCCUGCCCCCUCCGGGCACCAACCCCUCUGACUAUUACCACCAGAUGGCUCUCAUGGCGGGCCACCCCGCACCCUAUGGGGACCUGCUAAUGCAGAGCGGGGGAGCUACAGGUGCACCUCAUCUUCAUGACUACCUCACUCCAGUGGAUGUAUCUCGCUUCUCCAGUCCGCGGGUCACCCCCCGACUGAGCCGCAAGCGGGCUCUGUCCAUUUCACCGCUCUCCGACGCCAGCCUGGACCUGCAGCGCAUGAUUCGGACCUCCCCCAACUCGCUGGUGGCCUAUAUUAAUAACUCCCGUAGCAGCUCAGCAGCCAGCGGCUCCUAUGGACACCUGUCAGCAGGUGCCCUCAGCCCAGCCUUCACCUUCCCUCACCCCAUCAACCCCGUAGCCUACCAACAGAUCCUGAGUCAGCAGAGGGGCCUGGGCUCGGCCUUUGGACACACACCACCCUUGAUCCAGCCCUCGCCCACCUUCCUGGCCCAGCAGCCCAUGGCCCUUACCUCCAUCAAUGCCACACCCACCCAGCUCAGCGGCAGCAGCAACUGUCUGACUGAUACCAACCAGAACAAGCAGACAAGCGAGUCCGCUGUGAGCAGCACGGUCAACCCCAUCCCCAUCCACAAGAGAAGUAAGGUCAAGACAGAAGCCGAGAUCCUGAGGCCUGCCUCCCCACUGACACUGACGCUGACGCAGGACCAAGUGGCUGGACACAGCUCAAAAGGGUAUGUUCUCCUCACCCAGGAGCAGCUGACUGACCUCAAGGACGACCUGGACAGGGACGAUUGUAAGCAGGAGCCCGAGGUGGUCAUCUAUGAGACCAACUGCCACUGGGAAGAUUGUACCAGGGAGUAUGAUGCUCAGGAGCAGCUAGUACAUCACAUCAACAACGACCACAUUCAUGGGGAGAAGAAGGAGUUCGUGUGCCGCUGGCAGGCCUGCACGCGUGAACAGAAGCCCUUCAAGGCACAGUAUAUGCUGGUGGUGCACAUGCGCCGGCACACAGGCGAGAAGCCCCACAAAUGCACGUUUGAGGGCUGCUCCAAGGCCUACUCUCGCCUAGAGAACCUGAAGACACACCUGCGGUCCCACACUGGGGAGAAGCCGUACGUCUGUGAGCACGAGGGCUGCAACAAGGCCUUCUCCAAUGCCUCUGACCGCGCCAAGCACCAGAACCGCACUCACUCCAAUGAGAAACCCUACAUCUGCAAGAUCCCAGGCUGCACCAAGAGAUACACGGACCCCAGCUCACUCCGGAAGCAUGUGAAAACAGUGCAUGGCCCAGACGCUCAUGUCACCAAGAAGCAGCGAAAUGAUGUGCAUCUCCGCCCCUCACUGCUUAAGGAGAAUGGGGACAAUGAGGCCAGUGCCAAGCCCGGUGGCCGGGGCCCUGAGGAGAAUGCUGAAGCCACCAGUACCAGCCAGGUGGUGGAGGACUGCCUGCACAUCAAAUCCAUCAAGACUGAGAGUUCCAUGCUUUGUCAAUCCAGCCCAGGGGCCCAGUCAUCUUGCAGCAGUGAGACCUCGCCCCUGGGCAAUGCUUCCAACACUGACGGCGGCGUGGCGAUGCCAGGGACAGGGCCUGGGAGCCUGGGAGACCUAACAGCACUGGAGGACCUGCCUCCGGGGUCCACUGCCUCUGCCCUGGCUGCCCCCUCGGCUGGCGGCCUGCAGCUGCGAAAGCACAUGUCCACCAUGCACCGGCUGGAGCAGCUCAAGAAGGAGAAGCUCAAGUCGCUCAAGGAUUCCUGCUCAUGGGCCGGGCCAGCUCCACACACCCGGCCCACCAAGCUGCCUCCCCUCCCAGGAAGUGGCGCCAUUCUGGAAAACUUCAGCAGCAGCGGGUCUGCAGGGAUGUUGCCCAACACGCGGCUAUCAGAGCUGUCGGGGAGUGAGGUGACCAUGCUGAGCCAACUGCAGGAGCGCAGAGACAGCUCCACCAGCACCGUCAGCUCGGCCUACACCGUCAGCCGACGCUCCUCUGGCAUCUCCCCCUACUUCUCCAGCCGUCGCUCCAGUGAGGCUUCGCCCCUGGGCCCCGGGCGCACCAACAAUGCCAGCUCCACCGAUUACUACGACCCCAUCUCCACAGAUGCAUCGCGGCGCUCCAGUGAGGCCAGCCAGUGCAGUGGCGGAGGCUCGGGACCCUUGCACCUCACCCCAGCGCAGCAGUACAGUCUGCGGGCCAAGUACGCAGCGGCCACCGGUGGGCCGCCACCCACACCCCUGCCCUGCCUAGAACGCAUGAAUCUGAGGACCCGGCUGGCGCUGCUCGAUGCGCCCGUGCCUGAGCCGGCUCUGCCGCUGCCCUGCCUGCGUGCGCUGGGCCCACGGCGUGGCAGCGAUGGUCCGGCCACUGGCUACCCCGCACCAAUGCCCACGUUUGCGCAUGACAUGCUAGGCUAUGGUGCGCGGCGGGCCAGUGACCCUGUGCGGCGGCCAGACCCAGCACUCCCACGGGUGCAGCGCUUCCACAGCGCCAGCAACGUAGGCCCAGCCGCGCUGCCGCCCGGUGCAGAGCGCCCUGCCUUCGGCCUGCGUGCCUAUCCACGAGUUGAUGGCGGUCUGGGCGGUGGUGCCUAUUCACCACGCCCGCCCAGCAUCAGUGAGAAUGUGGUGAUGGAGGCCUUGGCGGCGGAAUCUGAUGGCGCAGUCCCGGAGGACGACCUCAUGCUGCCGGAUGAUGUGGUACAGUAUCUUCAGGCUCGUGCCAGCGGCGCCUUGGAGGAAAGUGGCCCGCAGGGGCAUCCUUCUGAGAGCACGAGCUUCUCCGAGAACCCCAAGCUGCCCAGCCCAGGGCUACACAACCAGUGUAGGAUGGUGACCACGGACUCCAACAUGAGCCCCUCCGCCCCUGUGCUGGGAGACUGCCAGAGGGGCUAUGGGGCCCCUUCUAUCCUGAACAAAAGCAAUAUGCCAGUGCAAUGGAACGAAGUGAGCUCAGGCACCAUGGACAUUCUGCCCAGCCAGGUAAAGCCUCCGCCCUGCCCACAGGGCAACUUGGUUGUGGAGCCACAGAAACAAGCCCUUGGCCAGUACCCAAGCUACAGUCAGCCGGGCCUGCAGACUAGCCCAGUGGGCCUGGACAGCACACAGCCACACCUGCAUCCCCACUCUGGACCCAGGGUAAACUACAUGCAGCAGCUUCGACAGCCAGCCACAGGUGGUCAAUGCCCCAGCAUGACCACCACAGCAAGUCCCCACUCCAGCUAUGGUCAAGCCCACUCCCAACCGAGCCCCAGCACCAUGGGAGGACCCCUGACCCAGUUCUCCCCAUCCUGUAGCAACCUGGCAGCCAAGCCAGGCCACAUAGGCCUCCCUCAGCAGAUGGACGUUGCUCCUGAUGCCACCAUGAUAGGCAGCAGCCACAGAGAACUUGGGGCCCCCAAUUCCACCCCGGCUGUGGUCCUUUCGUCUCUCCCAUCCCAGAGCUACUCACAGCAAAGCCAUCAUCUGGCGGCUUCCAUGAGCCAGGAGGGCUACCGCCAGGGUCCCAGCCUUCCACCUUCCCACCAGCCUGGCUUCAUGGAGUCCCAGCAGGGCAUGAUGGGGGCAACUGCAUCAAACGUUGGCCUAAUUCAACCCCGGCCGCCUCCUGAGCCUUGCCCUGCCAGCCGCCACCGUGGGGUACGUGCUGGGCAGCAACUGGCCUAUACCAGGACCACUGGCCAUGCCAUGACUGCAGGGACAACCAACCAGGAAACAGCAGAGGUCGUGCCCAAGGGAACGAUGGGUAUUAUGAUGCCUAUGCCCACACAGCUGCCCCCUCAGGACCCAGGUGGGGGCCAGGACCACAGCCUGCUCUUCUACUAUGGCCAGAUCCACAUGUAUGAGCAGAAUGCAGGUGUGGGGAACCACACAGACUGCCAGAUCACACAGACCCAAGCCUGCCCAGAAAGCAUGAAGCCCCAGCCCUUGCCUUCACCAGAGGUUAAUCAGGUGUCCAGCACUGUGGACUCCCAGCUCCUGGAGGCCCCCCAGAUUGAUUUUGAUGCCAUCAUGGAUGAUGGUGAUCACUCAAGCUUGCUCUCAGGUGCCCUGAGUCCCAGCCUGCUCCCCAGCCUCUCCCAGAACUCCUCCCGCCUCACCACCCCUCGGAACUCCCUGACUCUGCCCUCCCUCCCCACGGGCAUCAGCAACAUGGCUGUUGGGGACAUGAGUUCCAUGCUCAGCAGCCUGGCUGAGGAGAACAAGUUCCUGAAUAUGAUGACCUAA